AUGCUAAAAUCAGGUUGCAGACUUUGGACUAGCAAAGUUUUCUUUAGAUACAGAUACUCAUUUGUCAACUUGAGUUAUGGGAACUUUUGUUACCUAGUUCCAGAGUAUGUUGCAUGUGGAAAACUUACUGAAAAAUCAGAUGCUAGCCCUUCGCCAACACAGGCUCUAGAAGGUGGAAGAUUCAGUGAUAUUGUUGAUCCAAGAUUAAAAGACUAUAAUCACUUUGAGAUGGCUCAAGUGAUUUCUUGUGCAGCUGCAAGUGUUCUCGUCUCUGCAAGGCAACAGCCUCAAAUGACUCAGGUAGUACAAGCUCUUCCAGGGAACUUAUCAGCUAAGGAUGUUGUUGUUCUGGUUUGGAGGGUUAAUUUGUUGGAUGAGAGCCCGACAGAGGAGAAGCCCUAUGAUUCCAUCUCCGCUGCGAGAAUCGACAUGUCGUCUUGA